AUGAAGAUGACGAUGGGCGUAUUGCUUGGCGUCCUGGUGAUGGCGAUGGUGGUGGUGAACGUUGUGGCUGGACAUCCGUCGUACAUGGGGGCGACGCCGCGGUGCCAGGAGAUCAUGACGCGGAUGCGCGGAGCAGACUGGCCGUCCGAGGUGCUUGACCUCAAGGACUGCUACCUGAAGUACCUGCCUGCCGAGGUCGGGCUCCUCACCCACCUGACCAAGCUGGAUCUGACCGGCAACGAUCUGGACGAGCUCCCGUUCAACUUUGGCAACCUAGUGAACUUGCGCGAGCUCUCGCUGUGGGCCAACGAGUGGGAGCAUGUGCCUGAGGAGCUCAAGGGCCUCAAGAGCCUGGAGGUGCUUGAUCUCUCGUACAUGAAGCUCAAGGUCCUGCCCGAGUGGCUGGCCACCGAGUUCCCCAAGCUCAAGCGAUUCUCGGCGCACGGCAACGGCAUCACCAAGAUGCCGGACUCGUUUGCGUCGCUGCAGCUCGAGUACCUCAACCUGUACAACAACUCGCUGCACGAGCUUCCGUCGUGGAUCUGCGAGAUGACGUCGCUCAAGGAGCUGCACAUUUCGCACAACGAGAUUGCCACCAUUCCCGACUGCAUCGACAACCUGGUCGACCUUGAGGUCCUUGGUCUGUGGGACAACGACAUCCACACCAUUCCCGAGUCUGUGGGCAACCUGCGCAACGUGCGGCUGGUCUCGUUUGCCGGCAACGCGCUGCACUCGCUCCCGGACAACUUGUAUAACCACUGGACCCACAUCGAUGACCUCGACCUCUCCAACAACGAGUUCUCGUCCAUCCCAGCCGUCGUCCUCUCCAUGUCGCACAUCAAGGAGCUGCACCUUCACGGCAACUACCUGACGAGCGAUAAGCUGCCGGCCGACCUCCGCUCGCUGCCCAACCUCGAGUACCUUUCGCUCGGUCACAACCGGCUCAACAGCCUCCCGCCCAACUUUCUAGCUGGCCUCUCCAAGCUCCGCCGCCUUGACCUCUCGCACAACUCGUUCACCGAGUUCCCGGCUGCUGUUGCCGCCGUCGCACCGCAGCUCGAGCUCUUCAACAUCCACGUCAACGACAUCAAGUCGAUUCCCGACAACGUCCUCAGUUCCAUGACCUCGAUGCAGAAGCUCGACCUGCGCGAGACUGGCCUCACCUCGCUCCCGACCUCGCUCGGCACCCUGACCCAGCUCGAAGUCCUCGACAUCGGCAACAACAAGAUCGGCCCGCGGCUGCCCAACUUUUUGGCCUCGCUCGUCAACCUGCGCAAGCUCGCCAUCUGGUCGUGUGGCCUCACUGAGCUCCCGUCGUGGAUCGGCAACCUGCGCAAUCUGGAGGAGAUUGACUUUUCGUCCAACGACAUCACCUCGUUCCCCAAGUCGUUUGAGCUCUGCUCCAAGCUCAAGGUCCUCCACAUGCACUACAAUCAAGUCUCCCACUUUCCCGAGUACCUCGGCACCUUUUCCGACCUCGAGGUCAUCGACAUCUACGACAACCCCAUCCAGCACCUGCCCACUGGCUUCUGCGACGGCUCGCACCCGGUCUCGGAGCGCAUGGCCUACUGGUGCUUUGCCCUCGCCGGCGGCCAUGACGAGCUGUAGAUGGCAGCGCGACUUGUAAAGCCAUCCUUCCCCCC